AUGGUUCGCGUCACCGAGGAGCUGGCGCUAUCGCCAGAGCAUGUCACUCUUUACUACACCACAGACCCGUUGCUCGGCCACCUACCAGUGCUGAUCUUCCAUGGGCCGUCGACGACUGCCAACUACACCUUCAACAGCUCCCGAGUCCAGGUCCACAUCUACAGCCCGGCCGGCUUCCAGUCGUUUCCUCGUGUCACCAUUUCACCCAAUUCUCCCUUCUACCAGGUCGUCAACUACUUGCCGCGCGAGUUUCAAGUCGAUGAGGUCUACCGCGCCCUCGCUUUUGGCCUGUUCAAGUACUUCUCCGAACUGCCAGAGGGCGUCAAGAACCACAUCAAAAACCAAUACCCCACCACGCGUGGGCGCAGGCCGGGCUCGUCCCCAGCCCUGUUCGGCGAGCAACAUGCCGCCGACAUCGCCAAAGCCAUGAUCAAGGCCGACAACACUGUCGAAAUCGCCCAGAAGCUGCAGAUGGCCUUGCAAACUCAACACAUCAGCAAUGUCGACAUCGACCUGGUCCUCCCGCCCGGUGCAAUCGUCCCUCUGCAAGCUACGGACCUGGAGGAUGUACCCGAGGACGAGGACGAUAUUAUGGACCCUACUUUGCGGCAAUACGGCAUGUACACGCCCUUAAUCAAGUUGCUUGGAGAACCGAUAUUCCUGCCAACGUCCAGAUUGCGCCGCGCACCCUCCAAACCGUCGGCGCUCAAUAGGACAAGAUCGUUCUUGAAGGACCAGAAGAUCGAACUGCGCCGGAAACUGGCAGAGUUGGUGGACACCGAGGAGCGCUAUGUCAUGAAGAUGAACGAGCUGAUCAAGCAUGUUGCCGACGAAUACAGACAGAAGGCCAAGGAACGGAAAACGGACAGCUUCAGUCCGUCGGUGGAAGACGUCGAGAAGCUCUUCCCCCGAUCAUCCGACCGGAUAUUGCAGGUCAACUCGGCUUUCGUGCAGGAUCUGCGCAAGGUCAUGGACGAGACGGAAGAGGAUGCCUUGAAAGACAUGGAGUUCGGCGUCUCGAUGCCGAGAGCUGGGCCCUCUGGCAGCUUUUCUAGUCGAUCCAAAGAUCCAAGCGGGACUCUGGCGAUUGCGAAAGUCAUGUUGGAGUGGUUCCCUCAGUUCACAGACUGCUACCAGGACUACAUCCGCGCCAGUCAGAACUUCCCCCAUCUCAUCACAUCCUUCAUCAGCCAACAAUCCAGCUUCUCGCAACGAGUGGCUUCAACUGGCGAGCAACACCUUCGCUCGACCGUCAUUGAGCCGGUCCAGAGACUUCCGCGGUACAGCUUGGUCAUUGAUCAAAUCGUCAACUGUCUGCCAAUCACGCACCCGGCUCUUCAACCAAUGUUAAAAGCAAGAGACAUCAUCGCCAACAUCUGUUCCAUGGAUGAUCCCCUCGCAGACAAACCACAUGUCAGCAAUCGUUUGCGCAACAUGGUUGAGAGUUGGCCAAACGACCUCGAACCCAAGGGUCGUCUCAUCGCCGCCAUCGAUUUCUCCGAACUGCCUGCGCCCUUCGAAACGGAUGCGCCAAUCGACAUACACACUGGUGAAAGAGCCGGCAUUUUCUUGCUGUUCUCCGAUUGCGUUGUGCUUGCAAAAAAGGUGUACGGAGGGAAUAUGACAGCACGCGACCUACUACGAGAAAUCGACAAGCCAUCAGCAGCUGGACUCCUGGCAACCAUGACGAAUGCAGCAGGUGGUCCAGGAUCAUACGAGCUGGCUUUUGCAGGAUGGCAUGACCUGCCCAGCAUCCGAUUUACCGAGUCGGCGGAUGGCCGACUGGUGUGGAUGACUUCGUCCAAGGAGAUGAAGGGUGCCCAUGCCGGAGAGCAUGUCACGAGCAGGGCCAUAACAUCGCGCUGCUUCCAACUGGAGGAAUUGUACGAAAGCAAGGCAGCCAAGUUCACCGAGGACGUCGUCAAAGCCAGAAUUGAAGGUCGGUUCAGCGAGGCGGAACGAGAAGACCCUUCCUGGACUCUACGGUCUGUCCGCAUGCCUGAUACCGGGCUCGGUCUAUAUGCUGCUGUUUUCCAAGAAGGGCUGGAUCAGCUUGUCGAAGGUCGCAAGGAGCCAGCCCCGAUCCGAAUUGUUGUCGACCACGAAAAGGGAACCAAGGGCUCUCCCGUUGGCCACUAUGGUGUGGAAAUCGUGUCCGACGUGAAGACUGGAAGCGGUGACAUGACCAAAGUGGUUGUCAUCACAAUUGGAUUGUCUGGCAAGAAGUCCACGGACGAGACCGUUCUGGAGGACUUUUUGUCAACCCUGGCCCGUCGGCUCAUUCAACUUUUGAGCACACAAUUUAAUCCUUCUAAUCCGGAUCUCACUCAUGCGCUGGUCUCGUUUCACAUCAAAAUCCUCAAGGGGCUCGGGGCCACCAAUCGAACGGAGAAGACGCGUUCAUUCCUGGGCACCUCCCCGGUGAAGAUGCUCACCAGUUUCCUGGGCGGCGGAAGUACGGAUACGCUUGGCUCGCCUAGUAGGUCCCAGCGCACGCCCGUGACCUCCGUCUUUUCUCCACCUAUAAGCAGAUCGAACAGCUCCACCAGGGAAACAGCCUCAUUAUAUGGGUCAGCCAAGAGCAAAGACGGCAUCCGGAUGGGCAUCGAAGACGACAAGCCGGAGAACCCCCUCGUUCGACUCGAGCACACCUUCACGGGCUAUAUGGCUAGUCUCCAGGCUCGAAAAGGCAAUUUCAUCGGGCGAACAUUGCUUAACCGCUCGACCGUCGACGAGCUCAGCGUCAACGAUCUGUACAACAAAAUGAUCGAAAGUCCGUUCGACAUCGAGAUCUCUGCCGAUGUCAGUGCCGACGUCGUAUUUGUGGCAUUCGAGAAAUUCGUACGUUUUGCAUGGCGCGACCAGAUUGGACCAAUCAUGGCAAGAAAGGCUCUGGAUGCACUCCAAGAACGAGCCUCCAAGAUAGUGCCUGGUGACUUUGCCGACUUCGUUCACUAUCUUUUUGCCGACAUGGCACCGCAAAAUCGUCGCGCGUUUACGGCCCUUAUUAAGCUGCUGGCGGACUUGCUCGACGGCUGCGGCAACGACGGCGAUAGAGGCGCCCUCACAGUUGCCUUUGCUGAGCUCUUGGUUGAGGAUGACAGUGCACACAAUUACAUCAACCUGUUGGACCGCCUAGUUCAGGAUUGUGACCGCAUCUUUGACGGAGGUUCAGGAGGGGGUUUCGAUUUCAGCAUGUUACAAGGGAACUCCGCGUUUGAUUCAAUGAACUCGUUUACCCGUAAUGCGAAGUCGCAGAACGGAUCAUUGACAUCAAACACAUCCUCCCUCAGGAGAAAGCUUGGUUUCGACACCUUGUUGCGCCAGAACAGCAGGGACGAAACGAGGCCUUCGGUGUGGCGGACACUGAGCAAGCACGGCAGGCACCCCACCACAGGUGAAGCGUCAAGCAUGUCCAAAGCGUCUGCUGGAAGUGUCAAAACAUCCAGAUCGAAAUCCAUCGACACCGGUUCCGGACCCAAUAAGCUCAGGCGUCCAGGGUCUCGGGAUCGGCCGCCUAUCGCGGGUGCAUUCGAUGACAUCGUUACUCGGCCGACCAGUUCGCAUCGUCUCGAGACUAUUGAGGAGCCAGUCACUAAAAGCGGCAAGAAGAAGCGCCGCAGCUCAUUAUCGGAUCUCAAGUCACUGCUGGAAGCAGCAACGCUCGAGGAAGAGACAUUGCAACAACCAUUGACGGACAUGAAGCCGACUUCUGAAAAAAUCAACUCGAGUCCACGCACGUCCAUGCCGUCGAGGAUACCCGUGAGCCCCACCUCAAACACUCGCGCGCCGCCACUGAAGGAGAAUCUGACCUUCAUCGAUCCCUUCAACGCACCGGCCGCCGCUCCGACAACUCCGGCCACGGCACGGUCGUCCCCUCCUGCAUCACCGAGAAAGGCACACAGUAAAGGCCUAUCGAGCUCCAACAUCCCGAAUCUCCGAACUUCUCGCAUCGCUCGAGCCAAUUCCGACGCCCCUUACCGGCAAACUACUAGUCCUAAUAAGUCGACCACGGGCAAGUUGCGCCUGCAAUCGCCGCAGAAGCUUCGCGAGCGGUUGCAGACGGAGAAGCAAGCAAUUGAGGCAGUCGAUGCGAGUUUGCAAUCCGAACUCUCCAAGAUCACAGCCGAUAUGGCACGUGUCAACUCCUCAUUACCCAGGUCCGCCACAACCGACAUCAGGAGACUCUCAACCAGCAUGUCGGCUCUCGAAUCACGUCUGCCCUCCCUCGUUAAAGAACUUUCAGACCGUCAAGAAGCCCUCCAGCGCGACAUGGACAACACGCUCAAAGCCACUGAGGCCAAAGUCAAAGCCAUCGAUCAGCUCUACAAGGAAGCCACCGCUGAGAACGAGCUACUGUACGAGAGGUUCAACAGCGAGCUCGCCAAGAUCCUGCGCGCUCUGAAGGGCAAGAGCAGCGACAAGGAGGAGCUGAUGGCCAAGGUGAAGGAGUCGAGCGAUGAGACGGCUAGGGUGAAAAAGGAGAACGCCAGGCUAAGAAGGGAGAUGGCGAGUCUGAGGACGCUGGUAAAGGGGGCUGGCGAUGCGGCCUAG